AUGUCUCCAAGAAAUCCACGACAAAAAGAAACAAAAAAUACAACUAACUUCUUGGCUCCGAAAAAAUAUGGGCGAGUAACUAGAAAAGAUAGAAGAAAAGCAAGGCUCUUUAAUAGACACGUCAUAGUUAAAAAAAUCAAAGAUCAAAUUAGACGUCUCUCUAGAGAAAUCCGUGACAUACCAAGAGAAGAUGGAUCUAUUACAACUAACUCCUUGGUUCCGAAAAAAUAUGGGCGAGUAACUAGAAAAGAUAGAAGAAAAGCAAGGCUCUUUAAUAGACACGUCAUAGUUAAAAAAAUCAAAGAUCAAAUUAGACGUCUCUCUAGAGAAAUCCGUGACAUACCAAGAGAAGAUGAAUCUAUUACCAGUCAUAUUAAAUGGUUUAAUAGGUUGAAAGAAUUUGCUGAGACUUCGAGUGCUGAUAAUGUUUCCUUACAUCAAAAAACUGACCGACUUCGAAGAGAACUUAAUGAAGCUUACAAGUAUCUUGAACAAUUUAGAAAAAAAAUUAAAGAGAUUAAGGAUAAUUUCAAUCGAUAUUAUGGUCUCACUCAACAAAAAAUGUUUCCUGAAUACCUUUCACAAAUUAAUUAUUUACAAAAUAGAGUUAGUCAAUUAGAAUCUCUGUUAGGUAUUGGUACAAGUAGUUUUAGUUUAGACACGAAUAAUGAGA